CCUCCCCCGCCUUCUCAUCCUCCCCCACAAAACUCGGUUCCUCGUCUUCAAACCACUCCUCCUCCUCCUCCGUCCGUUCAAUGACAUCCCACUCGNCUCCCCCGCCUUCUCAUCCUCCCCCACAAAACUCGGUUCCUCGUCUUCAAACCACUCCUCCUCCUCCUCCGUCCGUUCAAUGACAUCCCACUCGUCGCUCUCAUCCACAGCCCCAUACUCAAAAUCCGGAUCUCCGCCCUGCAAGAAGCGGAUCGUCAUCUCAAAUUUCCACCUUUCUAGGCCUUCUUCUCUGUCUUUUGGGUCUUCAGGGUCGAGAGUGCCUACAUAAUUCACAUAGGGAAGAGUUUCGUCUUGAUUUUGAGAUGUUGGGGGAUUGGGUGGCUGAGAGGAGGUAGAUGGAGUGGAUGGGUGGGGAUUUUGGGGUGAGCAUGAAGGGGGUGCGUUUUGACUCUGACGGACGGCGGCGAGUUUGGCUUCUGAGCGGUAGAGAUCUGCUUCUAGCACGCCGGAAUACCCUUUUUGACGGCCGUCUGCUUCUCUCUCUGCUGCAGUUUGGAAUUUCCUUAUACAUUGGUCAUAGAGAAGGGGAUCUAAUGUAAUUCGUUAGCUCAAUUCAUCAAUACAAAUUGAAAAGGCCAGACCCGUGAACCUACCAAGGAGUUCUAGGUCAGGUGACGUGAAAUAUGAUGGAUUUCUGUCGAGAUACAGUUUUCUUCUGUUCUUGAUGCGAAUCUGAGGGGGUAUUGAGUGAGGGUGUGAGGCUGAUGAGGAAGCUGUCUGUGGCUCUGGCGUUGGAGAGAGCAUGAGGGGCAUGGUGGCGAAGUCGGGAAGUCGACGGGAAGUCUGAUGUUAGAGCUUGACUCUGUUCAGAGUAGUCCGUAUCAAGACAGCUUCGGGAGAUAUAAGUCGAGUAUAUUUGAGACGAUAUUGUGAGUCGCUAGUUCUGAUGGGCGAUGUUGUAAGAGUUGUAUUGUUGAUGCCAAGAAACGACUUUGAAAUAGAUUCGACCUCGGCUCGCCGCCACCUUUUUCAUACAUACCGUACAAUAAUUUUACUCGCCUACGAUAAACUUCAAACUCACAUACCUCCAUCCCAAAACAAAUCCCUCAUUCAAAAUGAGUGCAACAAACUCUAUCCCCUCCUCAUCCACCCUUCCCUCACCACCAUUCAUAAACAUUCCAAACAUACCCAACUUUCGCGACCUUGGCGGCCAUCCCCUCCCCACCUCCUCUCACACGCCAACAACCAUAAAACCAGGGCUAAUAUACCGCUGCGCCGAGCCCUCAGGCGUUACUCAAGAGGGAAUUGCAAAAUUGAAAGAGCUCGGUGUCACACACGUCUACGAUUUACGAUCCGACAAUGAGAUAGAACGUAGUAUUGCUGCGGGGAGAGGAGGUGUAGUAGAGUGGGAUGGAUGCAAGAGGGUAUUUGUGCCUGUGUUUCCUGAUAAGGACUAUGAUCCUGAGGCUUUGGCUGUGAGGUUCAAGGACUACUCUACCCUGGGCACUGAGGUAUAUGAAAUUUUCUCUCUUGAAUAUGAAUUUGGGGUUGAAGCUCUGUCGCAGGGGAUUAUGCGGCGAGAGCAGAGAAGUGAAAUGUGUAGAUGCUAAUUUUGAUAGGGGUUUAAAAGAGCUUAUACAUCUAUUCUAAAGAAUGCCGGACCUUCUUACGGACCGAUAUUUCUACAUCUAGCGAAUGAGCCUGAGAAACCUCUUAUUGUCCAUUGUACAGCUGGCAAAGAUAGAACCGGGGUCUUCUGUGCUCUGAUUCUACAAUUAUGCGGUGUCGGCGAUGAGCAUAUUGCGCAAGAGUAUUCCCUGACUGAGAUUGGGCUUUCGAAAGAGUGGAAAGAGGCUGUCAUAGAGCAUCUGUCUGAGCAUCCUGCUCUUAAAGGAAACAUGGAGGGGGCUUGGAAUAUGAUAAGUUCUAAGUAUGAAUUCUUCAAUUUUUCUUUCCUUGGACUUUUCACUGACCAGGGUCUCUAUAGGACUGAGAAUAUGCUGGCAACAUUGCAAAUCAUCCGAGAGAGAUUUGGCGGGCCGGAGAAGUACAUGACUGAUAUUUGCGGUCUCACGAAAGAGCAGGUAGAAAAGAUUCGAUCGAAUUUGACUUAUCAAACUUAAAACAAGUCGCCAAUAUACAUAGCUAGACCAUAUGUACACAUAUGUACAUAUGAAUGAUAAACUUUUAAGUAGGGUGGUCUGUACCAAACGCAAUUCAACCACCAACCGAUCUCCCCAUCGAUUCUUCGUCAUUCGCUUAACUCAAUGGGAAGAUUGGGCUACUCCAGCUUUCACCAGCAGCAAUCAAAGCACUGUCAAGACCUUCCGCUCCUUGACUGAUAUAGAGUGUCUUUGUGAAACUCACACGCGUAUAAUAUUUAUAAGGAAUAUAUGCAGGGAUGAAAACAACGUCUCCUUGCAACAAGCUCACAGUUUCGCCCUCCAAUUCAACAAUCAAUUGGCCCUCGAGAACUUCAAAAGCAGCAUGCCCAUCGAAAGACUGGGCGACAGACGUACUGUUCUUCGUUUCCUUCGCAAUAGUAAUGGUCGACAACGUGAAGGCCCCAUCGGAUUGAGCUGGUGUGACAAAUGGCUGUACAACUUGAUAUGCGGCCUUACUGUUCAAGAUUUUUGGCCCGAAAUCCUUGGCAACGAAGUAUGGUUUUGUAGCGUCUUCUGCGAGGGCAUUCGGCCCGGUUCUCCAUGUGGAGUUUACUGGGGCAAAACCAUUAACAUCGUCCCGCCGUGGUGCGUAUGCUAGUUCGGCAAAGACAUCGAAGCGUUGAAGAGAGGAAGUAACGUUUGCUGGUGGGGGGCUACCAUCUGCUGCUGUAGGAUCAUACGGAGCGCUUUUGGAAUUGAAGUUUUCGGAUGCGAGAGCAUAGAAGAGAGUUCUGUGGUAUGAUUAGUGACAUGAUCAGAGGCAUUCGUACAACAGAACUUACUCAAAUCCAC